AGGUCACGCAUAGGCACUUUCACAACCUGCCGGAAAUAUUUUGCUUAAAACAUUUGCAAAUCCAACCAAGUGUCAAAUUUUACACGUCUGACGUCAUUCAAGACACAAACCAAGCGAUGAUACUUCGGAGAUCUAUCCAACGCAUCGAAAAGAAAUUUUUCUCGACUUUAAAGGCGCAGAUUGAACAACAGAAGUCAUGUAUUUAUGGGGAAAGGGUCGUCUUUCACGGACCAACAGCCGAACCUUGUCUUUCGACCGAAUUCGCUGAAAUACCAAAGAUAAAAGAAGGCGAAAUCUUAGGUUUAGUUAAGGCCGCCACGAUUUGUGGUUCAGAUUUACAUACUUUUCUUGGCAAAAGAAAUGAGCCAUUUCCAAGUAUUUUGGGUCACGAGGGAGUUAUCGAAGUUGUUGAACAUGCCUGUUAUAAUUCGGAUUUAAACAUAGGAGAUAGACUUACAUUUACUGUGGCUGAUUUCUGUCAAAAUUGUGAAAGAUGUCAUAACAAUCUACAUCAAAAAUGUCACAAAUUAUUCAAGUAUGGUCAUUCUGACCUGUCAGAUGGUACGGGGUGGAAUGGUUGCUAUGCCAGUCAUAUUGUAUUACGGAAAGGAACCCACGUUACCAAACUCCCAGAUAACUUACCUAGUAGAACAGCAGCACCACUGAACUGUGCAUUGGCCACCAUGGUGAAUGCUGUUAGUCCUGUAGUUGACUUGGACUGUUUGAAUAGCCAAAGGGAAAUGAACAUGAAGAAGACAGCCCUGAUUCAGGGAGCUGGUUUGCUUGGCCUCUAUGCCAGCGUUUUGUUCAAAGAAGCUGGCUUCAAAGAAAUAUUUUGCUCAGAUGUUCAUCAUGAUCGACUGGACAUGGCAGCAGAGUUUGGAGCUAAACCUAUUAAACUUGGUAAUGAGGGAGAACACAGUUUAAUAAAUGACUCGGUUGAUGUUGUCCUGGAGGCAUGUGGAGUUAAAAGUGUAUUUGAUGAAGGUAUGAGAGUGGUGAAACCUGGUGGCAACUACAUUCUUACUGGUAUGGUUCAUCCAGACUCUCAACUGAAUGUCACUGCUGAACAAAUCAUAAGAAAAUGCCUAACAAUUCAUGGUAUUCACAAUUAUGGACCAACUCACCUUGAUCAAGCUGUGAAAUUCCUAAGCGAUACAAUAGAUAAAUACCCUUAUGAUAGUCUAAUCAGUCCUUCUUUCAACUUACAUCAAAUCAACGAGGCAAUUAAACUUGCCAAGUCACAGAAAUACUUUCGAGUGUGCAUCGAACCAAAUGAUGGUGAAUAAAAUAGGAGUUUACAAAAUUUAAAAUGAUUUGAAAUUUAUUAUAGAACUAGCUGGCUUGAACAACCACUUACAUUGUAUGUUCAAAUUAGGUCAAAUUGUCAAAAGCUUAUUUAACUUAUUGGAAUUAGUUUAUUUUAUAUUUAGGUAUUUUACAAAUAUAUAAUUUAAAUUGACAA